CGAGGCGGGCUGUGGCCGCUCCGUUGUUAUUAGGCGCAGCGGCUUCCUCUUUUUCAGCAUCCUGCUUUGUUCUGUUUCUCGGCCUUUGGCGCUUCGUCAAACGUCCAGAGAGCAUCCGAGCCUGGACGAAUUUCCAGGGAGGACAGUAAAACAUCAGCCUCACGACUUUUAGCUAAACAGGAAGUGCAUGAAAGUAUUCGUCAAGACUUGAUACUGAGACCCUUCCCUGUCCAGCCAUGUCGAACGAACGCACUCCCCUGCUCGCGUCUGGGGUAUGCGGUCUGGCUGUCACUAUGACAGCAUGUGGUGCAGAUCCAGAUGUUACUUCCGAAUCUGGCUCUGGGACGCAAAGUACAGACCCUCGAAAACUGAACACCUUUUUUGGGGUGAUGGUGCCCACCAUCCUGUCCAUGUUCAGCAUUGUGGUGUUUCUCAGAACAGGGUUUGUAGUUGGCCAGGCAGGGCUGCUGCAGGGCCUUUUAAUGCUGAUUGUAGCCUACACCAUUGUAUCUGUCACAAUACUGUCCAUCUGUGCCAUUUCCACCAAUGGAGCUAUCCAAGGUGGAGGAGCUUACUACAUGAUAAGCCGAUCACUGGGCCCAGAGUUUGGAGGAAGCAUUGGGUUGAUGUUUUUCCUGGCUAAAGUGUUUGCAUGUGGAGAGUAUAUACUUGGUCUUGUGGAGGCCAUUCUUGGCAUAUUUGGUGUAGAUCCAGAGACAUCUUCACCUGCCGGCUUGCGAGUGCUCCCUCAAAGUUACUGGUUCAUCGUCCUCUACUCCUCCAUAGUCCUUCUGCUGUGUCUGUUCGUGUGUCUGGUGGGCCCGAAAAUCUACUCCAGAACAGCCUUCGUCAUCCUGGUGGUGGUCACCAUAUCCUUGCUGUCCAUCGUCGUCAGUUCUGUGGUAGUCAGACCUCAUAAUAUCGUCAUCACCCACCAGGGACCUGGUAACCAAACCCUUCGCUACAACGCCAGUUACACCGGCUUCAGUGCUGCUACCCUGAGAAACAACCUGGGCUCGGGUUAUUCACUAGACUACAGUACCAACUCCGUCAUGUCCUUUGCCACUGUAUUCGCUGUUCUGUUUACAAGCUCCACUGGAAUCAUGGCUGGAGCGAACAUGUCAGGAGAGUUGAAGACUCCUAGUGUUUCCAUCCCUAAAGGCACCAUCAUAGCUGUCGCAUACACUUUCAUUGUGUAUGUUAUCCUCUUCUUCUUGGCCAGCGCCACAUGUGACAGGACCCUUUUGAUUCAGGAGUAUGGGUUCUUCCAGCGAAUUAACAUGUGGCCCCCGUUCGUCAUUACUGGGGUGUACUGUGCAGCUCUGUCAGCUGCAAUGUGCUCGAUGAUCGGAGCUUCCCGUAUCCUCCAUGCUCUUGCGCUAGAUGAACUCUUUGGUUUGCCAUUAGCUCCAGCUACCAUCACAUCCAGCUCUGGGAAUCCAUGGGUAGCAGUGUUGUACACCUGGGGUCUGGCACAGUGUGUUGUGUUUGCGGGCCACCUUAAUGCAGUAGCUGGCUUGGUGACUGUUUUCUACUUGCUUGCCUAUGCUGCCGUUGACUUAGCCUGUUUGGCUCUUGAGUGGGCGUCGGCACCAAAUUUCAGACCCACCUUCCAGCUGUUCUCCUGGCACACCUGCCUGCUGGGUAUUUUGAGCUGUUUGGUGAUGAUGUUUGUUAUUAAUCCUGUGUACUCCUCAGCCAGCAUCGUUCUCCUCCUGCUGCUCCUCCUAUUCCUCCACUACAGGGUGCCUACCAGUAGCUGGGGCUACAUCAGCCAGGCUCUCAUUUUCCAUCAGGUGCGCAAGUAUCUAUUAAUGCUGGAUGUGAGGAAAGACCACGUGAAGUUCUGGAGGCCUCAGGUGUUGUUAAUGGUGGCCAAUCCCCGCUCUUCCUCUCAGCUCAUCCUGUUUGUCAACCAGCUGAAGAAGGGAGGGCUGUAUGUGCUGGGCCACGUGCAACUCGGAGAUCUGGAUUCCUUCCCGUCUGACCCGGUGCAGCAGCAGUAUAACUUCUGGUUGAGCCUUGUUGAUAAGCUUGGCGUGAAGGCCUUCGUAGACCUGACGCUCUCUCCUUCAGUCAGACAAGGAACACAGCAUCUGUUGCGAAUCACGGGCCUCGGUGGAAUGAAGCCCAACACUUUGGUUUUGGGUUUCUAUGACAACUGUACUCCUGACGACUUUUUCCUUCAAGAUUCUGCCUUCUGUGACUCAUCAGUGGGACCAAAAAGUGAAGGAGAGUGUAAUUUUGGAGUUGACCUGCCUUCGCUGCAGGCUCACUUCCCUCCUGUCCGACACGUGGAGAGCCCACGCUGGCUGUUGCCUGAGGAGUACGUAGGAAUCAUUUCUGACACGAUUAAAAUGAACAAAAACGUGUGCCUUGGCCGCCAUUUCUUCCAGUUAGAAGGAGAGGGCAAGGACAGCAAAGUUGACGGGUCAGAGCGGACUAUUGAUGUAUGGCCUCUCAACUUAUUACAGCCAGGCAGCCGUGAUUAUGAGGACGUGUGCAGCCUCUUCCUGCUGCAAAUGGCCUGCGUGCUGAACAUGUCCAACAAGUGGCGCAAUGCGAGAAUGAGAAUCUUUUUAAAUGUAGAAACCGAGUCCAGCGACCAGGGCUGGGUGGUGAAUGAGGAGACAUUUCGCGAGUUGCUCAGGAAGCUGAGGAUCAGGGCGUCUAUAAAGAUCGUGCCCUGGGACUCAGUGGUCCAGCAUCACACUCAGGCGAAGGAGAGCUCAGGAGAAGCAAUGUCAUCACUCUCCGAAGGCUUCUUGUUGGCCAUGAACAGCUUGUUGAUGGAGCACAGCUCCACAGCUGCUGUCCGCUUCUUGUAUUUGCCUCGUCCUCCAGCGGCUAGCAGCCAGUCACAGCAGUAUCUGUCUCAGCUGGAAGCACUGACCAAUAAUUUAGGUCCAACACUAUUGAUUCAUGGUGUCACACCAGUCACAUGCACUGAACUGUGAGUGUGUGCAUUUACACUUUGAUAAUCGGCAUGAAAAUGUCCUAAAUGACUGUAUUUAUGUUAGUAUAAAGUCCAGUUAUAUACAAAAAAAUAACAAUACAGAAAAGAGGGUACUAAGGUGUGACAACUUUUUGUACAGUUAUUUCACUGCUGCUUAAAAAACAUGGGAGUGCAGCAUUAAAGAGCACAAUUGCCUGUUUUUGUGUACUUGAAGUGGCUUGUUGAUUAAGCCAAGAAUAUGAGGAAAUCAAAUCAAAAUCAAAUUUAUGAAUUUGUAUGGUGCCAACUCACGAUAAAAUCAUCUUAAGGCGCUUCACACAACACAGGAAUAAUGUUUGUGUAUGAUUGUACUGAUAUCAACUCCUACCUACUUCAGCUUUACUAAAAUGACAAGUUUUAACGUGUCAAAGGCUGCAGAACACAAACUGUUUGUUUUGAGAAAUACGGGUUACGGAGACAGUAAAUGCCUGUAAUUUAUAUUGUGGCCUCAGGGAUGGAAUGAGUUUGAAUGACGUUUGGUGACAAAAAGACUACUGUAAAAACUAUUUUCCAGCUUCAUUGUCUGUUAAUGUGUUAGAGCACAUCUAGUCUUCCUUAUUUUACUAUAUUUUUUCAUUGCUUUUUGCUGCUUUCUGAAAUCUUUGCAGUUUACUGGACCAAAUGAUCCAAAGACUUUUGGCCAAAGCUGAAGUGAGUUGUCACUGAUGUGUCCCAUGCAGUUAAGAAAAUUGUCUUUUGCUGUUAAAAUACAUUGAACUUAAAAUGACAAUGUAUUUUUUGCUGGUGUAUGUGCCUAUAUGAAAAUACUUGGGAUUUUUGCAUUUUGUACCCGUGAGUGUAGGCUGUAGAAAGUGCACCCUUCUCAGUUA